AUGGCAGCCACCCUCCUUAGAAAGAGAGCUUUAGAAGCCAGGCGUCUGACCAAAGAAACUGGCCUUCUUGAACUUUUUCUUCGCAAGCUCCUCAUUCUUCCAGCCACUAUCAUUCUCUUAAUGCUCUUGUGUUUUUGGGUUUCUUCCACUCUUCUUUCAUUCUCCUUCUUCCAUUUUUGUAUCUCCUCUCGAAAGCUCGAUGUCUAUUGCUUAUCAGCUGGCACUGCCCCUAUUUCUAGUCACCACCAACUUUAUCAGACCUUCGACAAAGGUAUUGAAGCUUCUCUCCCCUCCCACUCCAAAAAUUACAGCUACCCAAUCCUCGACUCCACCAAAUCUAGUAGCAAUCAAAGAGGCGAGACCUUUGACAAAGACAUCAAAGUUUCUCUCAAAUCACUCCCACAAAAUUAUGUUGCCCCAGUUGUCGACUCUGCCAAAUCUAGCAGCAACCAAACUGAUCAUACCUUCAAGAAAGAUACAAGGGCUUCUCUCAACUCGUUCCCCCAAGAUUUCAGCACCCCAGCGACUGAUUCUGCCAAAUCCAGUCAAAGAGAAGAAAACUUCGACAAAGAUAUCAAAGCUUUGCUCCCCCAUGUGCCCCAAAAUUCCAGCCAGCCAAUUGCCGAUACCACCACGACUAACAAAGGAAGUCGAAGAAAUAUGAACAUACAAGCUCUCUCUGCCGUAGAAGAACAAAUGAAAGCCCUCAGAACUUUGAGAAACCAUGCCUUGACCAGGAACAAAACAUGCCAAGGCAGAGGAAUCUAUGUAUACGACCUCCCCUCUAAAUUCAACAAGAACUUAGAAGACCAUUGCGAGGGCCUUCUUCCAUGGACGAACCUUUGCAACUUCUUCUCCAACAAAGCAAUGGGCCAACCCAUCCAAGAACUUGGACCCAAUUGGUAUAACACUCAUCAAUAUUCUCUAGAGCUCAUUUUUCACCAUAGAAUGAACACACACCCUUGUAGAGUCUAUGACCCAAGCCAAGCUCUACUCUUUUAUGUGCCAUUUUAUGCAGGGCUAGAUGCUAUGAGAUGGCACUUUAGGACCAAUGUGAGCAAUGAGCUCAAAGACCAGCUUGGUCUGGACUUGGUCAGAUGGCUAGAUACUAAGCUCACUUGGAAGAAAAACCAAGGCAAAGACCAUGUCUUUGUGUUGGGCAAAAUUUCUUGGGAUUUUAGGAGAACAAAUGGAGGAAAUCCAAAUUGGGGCACCAGUUUUUUGGAGUUGGAAGCUUUGCAAAAUCCUACAAAAGUCUUGAUAGAGAGGCAACCAUGGCACCCAAAUGAUGUAGCAGUUCCCCACCCAACAUAUUUUCACCCACGUGUGGACCAAGACAUAAAACUAUGGCAAACGACUGCAAUUUCAUCCAAACGCCCCAAACUCAUUGCAUUAGCAGCUGGCACACGUGUGGGCCCAGUAGGAGGGCUAAGAGCUCGAUUGAUAGAGCAGUGCACACUUGCCGAUCACACGUGCGAGUUUCUGAACUGCAGCCAAAGUCGGACGUGUGGGAAACCGGAGAGAGUGGUGAGUUUAUUCAUGGGGUCUGAGUUUUGCUUACAACCACCAGGCGAUAGCCCAACAAGAAAGUCAGUGUUUGAUGCUUUGGUGGCUGGGUGCAUUCCUGUAAUUUUCGAUCCUUUUACGGCUUAUUACCAGUAUGCUUGGCAUUUGCCUGAGGAGAGAGAGAGGUGGUCUGUGUAUUUGGAUGGUGAGGAGGUAAGAGAAGGGAGGGUGGAUGUUGUUGGGGUUUUGAAGGGGGUGAGGAGAGAGGAGAGAGACAGAAUGAGAAGAUUUAUUUUGGAGGAGGUGAUGCCAGGUUUGGUUUAUGCUGAGGGGGAGGGACUCGAGUGGUUUAGGGAUGCCUUUGAUAUUACACUUGAUGCUUUGGUAGAGAGAGUGAGAAGAGAUAGUAGAGUGUGA